AUGGCUUCGACAACUAACCAGAGAAAUAUGCAUUUGGCGGUUUACAUCAUUACCUUGCUGACUGGUGUCCCAUCAAACCUAUUGGCCCUCCAUGCCCUGAUCCAAAAACUUCGAGUCAAAGCAACCCCAAAUGCCAUAUUUCUUCUUAACCUGACUAUCUCCGAUUUGUCAUUUCUGGCAUUUCUCCCAUUCAAGGCCACAGAGCUCUUGCAGGGGCAAUGGAAAAUGCCCACCUUCCUUUGCCCACUAAGUGGACUCUUCUACUUCAGUACCAUCUACUCCAGCACCCUGUUCCUCACAGCUGUGAGUGUAGAGAGGUACCUUGGAGUAGCCUUCCCUCUCAGGUACAAACUCUAUCGCAAGCCAAGCUAUGCGGUAGCUAUCAGCUGCUUUCUGUGGUUGUGUUCUUUUGGCCACUGUAGCAUUGUCUACAUCACAGAGUAUCACGAACCGGCGAACAGCAGUAGAAGGUCCGUGUGCUACAAUAACUUCACCAAUAAGCAGCUGGAAUUUCUCCUACCCUUCCGUCUCGAACUAGGAAUUGUUCUUUUCUGUCUACCGUUCCUCAUUACCUGCUUCUGCUACGGUAGCUUCAUCAGAAUCAUUGUGUCUUCAUCUCAUAUUCACAGAGGGAAAAAGCAAAGAGCAAUCGGGCUGGUUCUAACAACCCUAGCUGUGUAUGCAAUAUGUUUUGCCCCAUACAAUACCUCUCACCUGGUGGGAUUUCUACAAAAAGAGAACUUGGCCUGGAGAGAAGAAGCUUUGCUGCUCAGUACUUUCAAUGCUAGCCUGGACCCCAUAAUCUUCUAUUUUUCCUCCACCGCUGUGCAACACUCCUGUAAAUGCUGCUUGAUGAAGUUGUACAUUUGCCGUCCUCACCCAAAUCUCCAUAAAUCAAUGCCUAAAGACAGCAUUAAACUGGAUAAUCAGCAGGUCUCUGACACCCAGAUACACGGCUCCAAGUUCUAACAUCUUUGUGUUAUUUAUUGAUUGUGAGUGUGUAAUUAUUGUGACAUUGUCUUCUGUCAAUGAAAUGUGUUGGUCUUCAAUUUGCUGUCAUGCUUGUGCUU